CUCAAAAUGGGCUAUCCAACAGAUCACAGGGCAAAGAAGCGCAAGAUUGAGGACGAAGGCGGUGACGGUGGCGCAAGCACCUUCAAGCCAUGCGCCAGGUUCCAGCCCACUGGUGGUCGUGAAUACACGGUCUCCAUCGCUAUGCCCGGCAGUAUCAUCACUGACUUCAAGACUGCCGACCAGAGGAUAACAUCUCCAGGCCGGAUAGCAAGGGCUCUGGCCGUCUUCUGCGUCGACGAGAUUGUGGUCUACGACGAUAGUCCUCAGGAUUCUCGGCCGCGUGCCGUCGACCACGACAGAUACACAGGAGACACUGACCCAUGUCACUUCAUCACACACGUUCUAUCCUAUCUGGAGACGCCCCCCUUCAUGCGCAAAGCCCUGUUUCCCUUGCACGACAAUUUGGCAAAGGCAGGGUUGUUACCGAGUCUGGAUAUGCCCCAUCACCCACACAAGGAUGAGUGGCUGCCGUUUCGAGAGGGCUUCACAGUGAAAGGGAAGCCUGAUAGCGGGAAAGGAACGCUGGUCGAGGUUGGAAUGCGAAGGCCAGUCACCAUAACCAACGACAUCCCGCCAAACACCCGAGUGACGCUUCAGUUCCCCGAGCAGUCCUUCAACAACCCAGAGCCAGUCCACCCUCAGACGCCUCGCACAGAGGCAGGGUAUUACUGGGGAUACAGUGUCCGGAGCGCCAGCUCACUCUCGGCCGUCUUCACGGAGAGUCAGUUCGAGGGUGGCUACGACGUCAGCAUCGGCACUUCCGAGCGGGGCACACCGGCCUCGAGAGCAUUCCCAUCCUUCAAGAAGCCCAGUUUCAAUCACCUGCUCAUCGUGUUUGGCGGGCCUAGAGGACUGGAAUAUGCGGCUAUGAACGAUGGCGAACUAGGAGGCAUGGGUAUCAGCGGUGGGCGGACAAAGGAGCUGUUUGACCACUGGAUCAACGUCCUGCCGAACCAGGGCAGCAGGACAAUCAGGACGGAUGAGGCGGUCUUUAUUGCACUGACGAGCUUGAGAGGUCUCUGGGACAACAGCUGA